UGGUUCCAAAUGAUUGGUGAGCAUAAGGUUCUCCACUGCUCGUCGAAGGAGAAGAUACGCACCACUUUGGAGUUGGAGAAGAAACCGGGAUGUGCAACCAAACCGUUAGUUUAACGACGGAACAAAGAGAACAAUCAUCGUCACCAACACAAUUUCACACCUCCCCAACAACUCCACCAUUGAUUCAUUGAUUAGAAGAGUUUCUUCUUCUGAGAGUGUGUGCACACAAUAUGGGCACUGAUAGCCACGGGUACUCUCUGCUGAAGGAUUUGAGAUUAGAAAUUGAAGUAAAGGAUGGAACUUUCUCUCUCUACUUUUGGGUUUAUUUGAUGAGUUCAGCUACAUUUCCUGCUACCAUUAUCCAACAGGUUUAUUCUGAUAUCUCCGAAAGUGCUCCUUUUCUGGUUAUUAAUGAUAAUAAGAGAAUCAAUAUGCUACCAGUUCUUCUCUUACAUGAAGAAGCUCCUGAUACUGGCAAUAUAAAUUCCUGGGCUGACAUUUCACAUGCAACUGUUGAUUUUGAGUUUCCUUUGGAAAAAUGGGUUCAUGUAGGCUGUGAGGUUUGUCCAGAUUAUAUCCAGCUUAAGAUUAACGGAAAGAUUGUAGGAGAAAAGUCUCUGUCUUCCUUAUUAAAUAAGGAAGAUGGUUCAAGUGAUUUGAAGAAAUUAACUUUGGCAAAUGUUGGUGGAGAUGGAAACUGUGUGCAGGGUUAUGUGCACAAAUUUGAAAUAUUGCCUAUUGUUUCUUCUGUUAAGGAAUUCCAUUUAAAGGACCCUCCUCUGAAGUUAUCAAUUGAUGAAUCGUCUGCCUCUGAUAUUGAAGAAGAAAGUGAUGGUGUUUGGAGCAUUGUUGGUGGCAAGGCAUCAUGUCGUAGGAACUUCUCUUUGGAUGUUGUUCUUUCAGAUGCCUUUGGACAGCCCGUAGAUAAGGAGAAUGAGGUUUUUGCAUCACUUCUGUAUGCUGACACGGGGGCACCAGUGGAAAAUACAACUGAUGAGGAAGCACCCCUUUUAGCUAGCUAUGAUGGAAUUGAAUUUUCUUCUUGUGAAAGACCAAGUAAACUUUUGUUGGGACGUGCUUCGUUUAAGCUCAAAAUAUCUCAGCUUUCAUCAAAGUGUGAUAACAGGUUGUUCCUCAUCAGAUUUUGUGUUCCAACUCUAGGAAAUUAUCCUUUCCUUGAGACAUACUCCCAUCCAAUUCGAUGCAUCUCCAGGAGCCGUAACACAAGAUUGUCGACACUGGUGUGGAAAAGGUCAACUUCUGCUCUUAAUCGCCUUAGUUUAUCUCAAUCUUCAGCUCUGGAUGAUGGAUCAUUGGAACUUCAGCAUUCUGGUCAUGAAGCAAAAUCCAAUCCACUCAUGAAGCGGUUUAGACUUGGACAAGACAAAAUAUCUGUAACAGUGAAGGCUGACCCUACCAUAGAGCAAACUGAUGAGGAAUGUAAUUCUCAUAUCCGAACUGCUAGUCAGGUUGAGAAUGGGUUUCCAACAAGCUUGGAUGGAAGACCUGCAAACUUUUAUGAAGCAGAUGACUCUCCAUCCGACUCAGAAAGCAUAGGGGAGGGAAUUUCAACUUUGAAUAGCAUGGAAAAUAGAAGAUAUCCAAUAUCUGACAUGACCAUUUUCAAAUACUGCUUGGCAAGCUUGUCUGAGAGAUCUCUCAUGCUUAAGGAAAUUGCUACCUCUGCUUCGGACAAUGAAAUUUCAGAGUUGGCUCAUCAUGUAUCGCUCUAUUCUGGAUGUUCACACCAUGGAAACCAAAUAUUAAUGGCCAAGAGAUUGAUAGAAGAUGGAACCAAUCUUUGGAAGUUGAUGUCUCCAAACAACCACCACAUUCCUUGGGAGAGUGCAGUCUACGAGAUUGAAGUGCAUUUCAAGAAGAUUGCUUCUUGUGGCUUAAGAUCUCUCUCACCUCAGGACCUAGAGCUUCUGAGAAGGAUUGCAGGAUGUCAAGAGUAUAUAACACCCGAGAACUUUGAGAGGUUGUGGUGCUGGUUGUACCCUGUAGCUUUUGUAAUCUCUAGGAACUGGAUAAAUUCUAUCUGGAAAUCAACAUCACCUAAGUGGAUAGAAGGAUUCAUAACCAAGGAGGAGGCAGAAGCUUCACUUCAAGGUCCUACAGGUUUUCAAGACCCUGGUACCUUUAUACUCCGGUUCCCCGCCUCCAGAAGCUGGCCCCAUCCAGAUGCAGGUAGCCUCGUUGUCACUUAUGUUGGCAAUGACUACAAACUUCACCACAGGCUACUUUCCAUGGAUCAUAUCUAUAGCUCCAGUGAUGGAAUUGAGGUGAAACCACUGCAAGAUAUGCUAAUGGCAGAACCAGAGCUGUCUCGAUUGGGAAGGAUAAUAAGAAGUCAUUAAGCACCACUGGAAUUGUCGCAGAAUGUCUCUCAACAUCAGUUAAAGUUGCAUUAAUGAUGUUUUCGCAAGAUAGACAUAGAAUGGACGAGGCUGGUGGUAGUUGAAAUAUAGUAUAUUUUCCAUUUUACUUGUAUAUUUUGAGGUAUGGUUUAGGCGUUUUAUUUUUAACAUUUGGAGCUGAUGAUCCUUGUAUAACACCACAUCCAUUCAUAUGUAACCACCAUCAAUUAAAGCAUCGCUCUUUUGUUGUUUAGUUGGCUUCAAUCGCUGUCCCUGCCUAUUGGUUCAUUAAUUUUGGUGUUUUCUGAAAUUACUAUUACUAUUACUAUGGUAUUAUUAUUGUUGUGUUGAAUCUCGGCUUCAAGUAAGAUGAGAAUUACUUUAGUGUUUAUAAACUC